UCCUCCCCCUUCGGUCUCGUCACACUCCUUCAGCUCGAGUCACAGUGCAAGAAGGCGGACUGGCUGUAGAUAGCUCUUGGAACAGGGAGUGAUACAGCAAACAUUGGACUAUAACAAAGACUUGUCUGAAUGGAUUAAACUGUUUUGCGAGACAUUUAAGUGGAUAUAUUCUCCUAAGGAUAACCUUAUAUCGGUAAAAGAUUGCUUGUUACAUUUUUUUGCUUCUGAGAAAUUAAAUAAUGCGACUCUCCACAGUGUGUGGAUAGUGAUGGAGCGAGCUAACGUUACACUUCUAUCUCAGCUCUCGCUUUGGAUGUGUACUGCAUACUCUCUUUGUGUUAUUAUAGCAAUUUAUUUUAGAUAGUUACCUAUUGAGAUAAGAUAUUAAACGACGAAAUGCUGGCUUGUGUGUGAGAACAUACGCGUAUGUGACUGGAUAACAAGCCCAUCAGCUGACGUUAGUCCAGCUAACUAGCUUGUUAGCAUUUCUGCUCGCCAAUCGACUGUCAAACGCGAGCAUUCUCCGUCACGAGAGGGGACGUUUAUAUACCCAUAAAAGCUAAAUAAUCGAACCUUGUAUUUAAGACGGAUUUAUUUAUUGUCAGCUGAUAUUAUAUUGUUAAAUAUCAGUCUUUUGACCCAAUCUUUGUCAAAACGGCGGCCCCAAAACAUUGUAACGUUAGACGAGACUAUCAGAGGCUAGCCGCUACCCCCUGGAAUCUUUCAAAAUGCACCAUCCUGAUUCUGCAGGAGACUCUGGCAGCGUCAGAAAGAUGGCGCACCCGGCGAAUUUUCCUAGAAGGGGUAGUAACAUUAACACUGGCGCCGGGAGUGGCCCCAUGUCAACACCAGCUAAUUUGGCUGUUAGCAACAGCCACGUCCCCGCUGAAGACUACCAAUCACCCCUCCUGAUGCAGUCUCAACCCCUUGUUGGAUCAUCCUCCCCCGGGCCUCAGCACCCUCCCCACAGCCUGAACCUGCACUCCCAGCCACAGCCCCAGGCUCUGUCCUCUGGGUCACAGGUGAAGAAGAAAAGCGGCUUCCAGAUCACUAGCGUGACCCCAGCCCAGAUUUCUGUGAGCACCAACAACAGCAUAGCAGAAGACACAGAGAGCUAUGAUGAUCUGGAUGAGUCUCAUACGGAGGAUCUUUCCUCUUCAGAGAUCCUGGAUGUCUCCCUCUCUAAGGCCAAUGACAUGGCUGGAGGUGAGAGGAGUUCCUCGGAGGAGACACUGAAUAACUUCCAUGAGGCGGUCACACCCGGGGCAGUCUCCCCCAACCAGCCCCCCCACUCCUUAAUCCAGGGACCCCAGCACGGAGGGAUGGUUAAUGGGAAUGUGCACCACCACCAUCAUCACCACUACCAACAUCAGCAGGGGCAACAUAAUCAUCCUCACCAGGCCCUGGCUCAGCCUCCUUCCUCAGCCCCCCACUCAACCCCCACGUCUGGAGGAGCUGGUGGUGGCUCAAAGAUGCCUUCUGCCAUGGGGGUCCUUCUGGAGAAUGUUUCAGUGGGUUCUGCCAGUGUUGCUGCUCAGCCUGUAGCAGUUGUCCCUCUCCCUGGAAUGCAUGACUCUACUGCUGGUGCUACCAUUAGCAUAGCUAAUCCCCUGACCAGCAAUAUUAGUAUUGUGGAUAUGUACAUCUCUUCCAAUGUGCCUGUGAUGGGGGGUGUUAGCACCAGCGCUAGCAGCAGUGGUGGUGGCUUCCCCCCUAGUGUGAUGAGUAGCAGUGGUGGGGUUGGAGGUUUGAUGGGGAGUAACUUUGGCAACACCAACCCCAAUAUCAAUUUGAUACAAAAUCAAAGCUCUGGAACUGUGAACUCGAGCAUCACUAUGAAUUCUGCUGCUGCCACUGCCUCCGUGGUGUUGGGGCCCUCCAGUGGCACCCAGGGUGGAGGAGCUGCCAUGCCCCAGCCAGGGAAGAGCUCUGGCAUGGCUUCAGCCUCAGUCCCCUCCCAGCCAGCCCCAACACUAGCUCCUGCCACCACCAGCUCCCGUUUCAGAGUGGUCAAGCUUGACUCCAGCUCGGAGCCUUUUAAAAAGGGCAGAUGGACAUGUACUGAGUACUAUGACAAGGAGACCCCAGGUUCAGCCCCUGCCCCCUCGUUCUCUGAGGUUUCUCUUCCUAGUGGACGGGGUGUGGAGAGCAUGCGACCGUGCGGGCCUGAGAUUGUGACAGGGGGGUCGGAGAGAGAGGGCAUCAGUGGGAGUUCAGUGAACAGCACAGUCAGCACACUGAGUCACUACACAGAUAACGUUGGCAGUGGAGAGGCCGGAGGCACCCCAUUACUCCAGCCCCAGUACCAGGAUUACUCCAACCCCCCUAAGGCCUUCCAGACCUCCCACCCCAGCCUCCCCAUGGGGGUGUCCCAGCCUCACCUGCUGACCACUGUGGCUCCCUCAGUCCCCGCCAGUGCUCAUCACCCUGCCCCCAUCAACAUGGCUGGCCUCAAGACCACCCUAGGCCACCCUACCACUCCCAUGCCCCAACAGCCGCUCACCUACGCCCAGGCAGCCUCUAUCCAAGCCCCAGCCUCAGCUCAGGGACUAGUGGGGGUGCAUCAGCAGCAGAUGAGCUAUGCUCUUCCCCAGCAGCCUUCUGUCCCUUCCCAUGCAGCCCCAGUGCACAGGCUGAGCCAGGUUGGAGGUAUGCAUCCAGACUACCCUCAUCCCCAGGCAGGCCUACCCAAACCUGCUCUCCCACAGGCCCUGCCUGGACCUGGGCAGAUGGGAGUCCCGCAGCAGCAGGUGGUUGGCUCCAUACUCCAACCCCAGGGUCUUCAACAGCAGCCCCAGCAGACCUCUCUCCAGGUCUCUGCAGCAGGAACGGGGCUAAUGCCUCAGAUGGGCCCAGGAGUGCCCGGGUUUGGGCAGCAGCCACAAGGACACCCUCUCUCCCUGGACCACCAACAUCAACAACAGCAGCAGUCACUCCCAGGCCAAGCCCAAGGACUUGCCACCCAGCUGCCUGUCCCCCCUAACCAGGGCUGCCUAGCCUCCAUUGUGCCUCAUUCUAACCCCCAGAACGACCCCCAGCCCCAGAACAGCAGUGGACUGGCCCAAUCUCAACUCCAGUCCCAGCCACCCAGGGUCAGCAUGCCCCAGGCUGUGGCUACCCAGGCCAGUGCCCUGUAUGCCAGCCUGCCCUCCUUCACCACCACCCAGCUGGAGGAUGCCCAGCGCCUGCUCUUCCAGCACCAGUCUGCCUUGCUGGCACAGGCCCUGCCCAAGCUGGCUGGGGAGGGUGGCUCUGAGAUGGGCACAGGGCUAGGGACUGAAAGUAACCCUGCCGCCACCGCGGUCAGUGCCUUAACCGCUUCUGCCGGACUCUUCAAAGCUGUGGACGGAGACGAUGACGGGCAGGCUCCUCGUGAGGCAGGUGGUUAGAGCGUUGGACUAGUUAACCGCAAGAUUGAAUCCCUGAGCUGACAAGGUAAAAAUCUGUCGUUUUGCCCCUGAACAAGGCAGUUAACCCACCGUUCCUAGGCCGUCAUUGAAAAUAAGAAUGUGUACUUAACUGACUUGCCUAGUUAAAUAAAAAUGUUUUUUAAAAACUCUGCAAAAUCGCAGUCCAAAAAUACAGAUUUCCGAUUGUUAUGAACACUUGAAAUCGGCCCUAAUUAAUCGGCCAUUCCGAUUAAUCGGUCGACCUCUAGCUGUAACGUAACAAAGUGGACAAAGUCAAGGGGUCUGAAUACUUUCUGAAUGUACUGUACAUCAUUGGGUACUUCCUAGUGGAAUGGUGCAACCUGCUGAGUGUCUGUGGUUGCUAGGACUUGUGCUGUGGUGGUUGAGCUAGUUUGGAUUGGGGGAAUCCAGGUCGCCACAGCAGCACCGUGUGUGGGUGAAUGAGACGGUAGAGAAAACAUUGUGUGUGCGCACCCACUGUCUGAGAGAGCUUUAUGCUAAUCUGCCCCUCCUUCACCUUAGACACUAGACAGUGCAGUGCUCAGCUGGAGGUGACAUUUUGACUACUUCAGACUGCAUUUAGUGUAUGUAUGUAUAUUUCUAUUUUUUACGUGUCAGCUUUUGACAGACAUCACACACACACACGUGCUUACACACUCAUAGUGCCCCAGUCGUGUCAGCUUUUGACAGACAUCACACACACACACGUGCUUACACACUCAUAGUGCCCCAGUCGUGUCAGCUUUUGACAGACAUCACAGACAGAUCCAUCCUUGUCUGCUGCACAGACCACUUUCUGCUACCACAAUAUUGUUUUCACCCUUUCCAAUCAGUGCAGAUGAGAGGAAACAAGGAGAGGUUUGAUUGCCAUACACACUCAGCACUUUGAUGUCUUACUGCAGGGAAAAGGUGGUUUAGGGUCCAUGAACAUUUAAUGAUCUGAUACAAGCCAUUUAAUGAUCUGUUAGAGGUAGGAUAAUGCAGGUGGAUGCAAUACUGGAGGGAAACUUGCUACUUAUGUUAUGUUAAAUAAUGUAAUGUUGUUGAUUUGAAUGUAAAGGUUUGCACACUAGCAGACAAUCUUUCCUGCUUUAUCUAGAAGACCAUUGAAUUAAAAGGUGGUCACUCAGACCAUUGGUCAGUGAGAGCGGUAUGAGUGGGAGGGAAAGUAAAUGGAAUUUCACUCUUUAAUACGUUUAGAAGUCCGUGUUUGAGAUUAGUGUGGAAUUAUUUGUUAUGUGCUUUGCAGCUGAAAUUUAACAGAUUUUAGGUUCUUAAACUUUUUUACUUUGUCUAGAGCCGGAGUUUAGGUGAUGGUUCUGGAAUAUGGUACCUCAGUGAUCAGUUUAGAGCACGCCAACUUUGUAGAGAAGUGUAGUGAACCAGUGUUUUGGACCAACAAUACCUUUGUCUUAAUCGUUUUGAGUAUUCUACAGCCAGCUAGACGUGGUCAUAUGGAGGUCUUUGCUACUGUUAGAAACCCCUGGGCUGCGGCUCACCUCCCCAGCCGUAGCUAUAUUGGACCUGAGGGAUGGCUACUGCUGUCACAUGAUGGUUACUCUGAGGAAUGUGUAAUCUAGGAGGAUAAUGUGGAUUAUAGUCUUUAAUAAACGCAGCAUUUGAGCUCGCAGCCCAAAGCCCUUUUCACAAAUGAGCAGAUUGUCUUGGUGAAUUAGCCUCCUAACCAGCGGUUUACCUUCUGUAAAUAAUUAAUAACUUUACAUUGACUUGUAUUGAGUUUAGCCUUAGUCACCUCCAGGAUAAUCAAGGAGUUUUUGACCAAUAAAUACAAUUACAUUUUCUGCAAAUGGGGGUAGGAUGGUCAUUGAUGUUGUUUAGAUGUAUAGGCCUAGUUUUUUUUCAGUACUUGACAGAGCUCACUGUAACAGAUGUCAGUAGGAUGAUGUUGUUGAUAAUGAUGACUGGCUGUGUCAGUGACACGCCUAAACAGCCCAGGCAGCUCCGCUGUCAGAGUUAAUCAGCACAACCAACCAGCGCGGGCAGCGGGAAGGAAUGAAUGCUCACUCAGUGUAGGGUUGGGCGAUGUCAAACUUUGUCCCAUUGUGAUUUGUACCCAUAAAACAUUGAUAUAUGAAGGUAUCGCCCUAUAUUGGCCAAUAUUUGUUUGGUUAAAAACGAAACAGAAAAAGACAUCUUAAAAGGACCGCUAGCACAAGCUCACAUGCUACGGGCGGGACUAGAAAAAUCAUGACAAAAUAUAUUUUGGAGCCAAAUCUUUUUUUAUUAGCCUUCCUUCUUUUGGAGCUGUGGCACGAAAGAGGUGUGUGUCUGUGUGUGCUGACCUGCAAGUGACAGUCAAGAAGCCUAAAUGGCUGUGUGAUGGGUUGUAAAUCAUCAAGGUCCCGGGUGCAGGCAAACAACUCUGAUUUCCCCAGAACUGGAUAAUUAUUCAAUGAUUUGCAUUUCCUCUCUUAUCAGGCCUUAUUGCCUAAUUCUAUACGUGGUAGGUAGGUUGUAGCCUAUAUUACUAAUAGUAGGCUAUGGAAAUAGGCUGUGUAGAGUUGGUCUUUAAUCAACAAAACAUUUUUGUCACAUGCUUCGUAAACAACAGGUGUAGACUAACAGUGAAAUGCUUACUUACGAGUUGAAAGUAAAGAUAAAAAUAAUAAUUGGGCCUCCCGGGUGGCGCAGUGGUCUAGGGCACUGCAUCGCGGUGCUAGCUGCGCCACCAGAGUCUCUGGGUUCGCGCCCAGGCUCUGUCGCAGCCGGCCGCAACCGGGAGGUCCGUGGGGCGACGCACAAUUGGCAUAGCGUCGUCCGGGUUAGGGAGGUUUUGGCCGGUAGGGAUAUCCUUGUCUCAUCACGCUCCAGCGACUCCUGUGGCGGGCCGGGCGCAGUGCGCGCUUACCAAAGGGGGCCGGGUGCACGGUCUUUCCUCCGACACAUUGGUGCGGCUGGCUUCCGGGUUGGAGGCGCGCUGUGUUAAGAAGCAGUGCGGCUUGGUUGGGUUGUGCUUCGGAGGACGCAUGGCUUUCGAGCCCGUACGGAGUUGUCGCGAUGAGACAAGAUAGUAAUUACUAGCGAUUGGAUACCACGAAAAUUGGGGAGAAAAGGGGAAAACAUUUUUUUUAAAUAAAUAUACAAAUAAUUGAAAUAUUGACACAUGGAAUAAAUACACACUGAAUAACGAAUAGCAAUAACGAGUAAAAACAUGGCUAUAUACAAGGCGUACCAGUACAGAGUCUAUGUGCAGGAGUACGAGAUAAUUGAGGUACCUAUGUUCAUACGGUGCCUUCAGAAAGUAUUCAGACGCCUUUUUGCAAAUGUAUAAAAACAAAAAGUUAUGUCAAAAUGGCAUGUGUAUAUUGAUUAGGAUUUAAAAAAAAUCAAUAACAUAAUACCCCAUAAUGACAAAUGUUUUUAAACACAUUUGCAAAAAUGUAUAAAAAAGCAAAAACAGGUUCAUUAUGGGGUUUUGUGUGUGAUUGUUUUCUUAAAUCCAUUUUAGAAUAAGGCUGUAACGUAAGAAAAUGUGGAAAAAGUCAAGGCGUCUGACGGCUUUACUUUUUCCACAUUCUGUUUUUCUCAGAAAUAUACCCACAAUACCCCAUAUUGACAAAACAUGUUUUUAGACAAAAAAACAUACCUUAUUUACGUAAAUAUUCAGACCCUUUGCUAUGAGACUCAAUUUAAGUCGGGUGCAUCCUGUUUCCAUUGAUCAUCUUUGAGAUGUUUCUACAACUUAAUUGGAGUCCACCUGUGGUAAGUUCAAUUGAUUGGACAUUAUUUGGAAAGGCACACACCUGUCUAUAUAAGGUUUCACAGUUGACAGUGCAGCAUUGAAGAUCCGUAAGAACAGUGGCCUUGAUCAUUCUUAAAUGGAAGAAGUUUAGAACCACCAAGACUCUUCCUAGAGUUGGCCGCCCGGCCAAACUGCGCAAUCGGGGGAGAAGGGCCUUGGUCAGGAAGGUGACCAAGAACACGAUGAUCACUCUGACAGAGCUUCAGAGGUCCUCUGUGGAAAUGGGAGAACCUUCCAGAAGGACAACCAUCUCUGCAGCACUCCACCAAUCAGGCGUUUAUGGAACGUCAGCCCGUUUGGAGUUUGACAAAAGGCACCUAAAGACUCUAAGACCAUGAGAAACAAGAUUCUCUGGUCUGAUGAAACCAAGAUUGAACUCUUUGGCCCGGAUGCCAAGCGUCAUGUCUGGAGGCAACCUGGCACCAUCCCUACGGUGAAGCAUGGUGGUGGCAGCAUCAUGCUGUGGGGAGGUUUUUCAGCGGCAGGGACAGGGAGACUAGUCUGGAUUGAGGCAAAGAUGACCGGAGCAAAGUACAGAGAAAUCCUUGAUGAAGACCUGCUCCAAAGUGGACCUCAGACUGGUGUGAAGGUUGACCUUCCUACAGGACAAUGACCCUAAGCACACAGCCAAGACAAUGCAGGAGUGGCUUCUGAACAAGUAUCUGAAUGUCCUUGAGUGGCGCAGCCAGAGCCUGAAUUUGAACCCGAUCUAACAUGUCUGGAGAGACCUGAAAAUAGCUCUGCAGCAAUGCUCCCCAUCCAACCUGACAGAGCUUGAGAGGAUCUGCAGAGAGCAAUGGGAGAAACUCCCUAAAUACAGGUGUGCCAUGCUUGUAGUGUCAUACCAAAGAAGAUCGAGACUGUAAUCCCUGCCAAAGGUGUUUAAUCAAAGUACUGAGCAAAGGGUCUGAAUACUUAUGUGAAUGUGAUAUUUCACUUUUUAUUUAUUUUACAUUUUUAUACAUUUGCAAAAAUGUGUAAAAACGUGUUUUUGCUUCGUCAUUAUGGGGUAUUGGGUGUAAAUUGAUGAGGGGGAAAUAAAAAAGAAUAAUUUCAGAGUAAGGCUGUAAUGUAAUAAAAUAUGGAAUAAGUCAAGGUCUAAAUACUUUCCGAAUGCACUGUAGAUAAUAGAAAGUAGAAGCAGCGUAUGUGGUGAAUGUGUGUGUGGCGUCAGUAUGCAUGUGCGCGCAUGUUGUGUGUUUCAAUGCAGGUAUCCCGGAUAGCCAUUUGAUGAGCUAUUUAGCAGUCUUGUUUAGCAGUCUUAUGGCUUGGGGGUUAGAAGCUGUUCAGGGUCCUGUUGCUUCCAGACUUGGUACAUUAGUACCGCUUGCCGUGCGGUAGCAGAGAGAAGUCUAUGGCAUGGGUGGCUGGAGUCUAGGGCUGGGCGAUAUAUUGAAUUAAUUCGCACAACAACCACGACGAAAGAUCACUUCUUCCUCUCUGACAACAAGCAGUUUAAACUCUAUUUGCUUUUGAGGUUUGGUCCAACAGAAACAGUCAUAUGGACACUGAAACAGAGACAUUAUUUUACUGUAAUAGAGAAGUUAACCUUUCUAAUGAUACCCUUUUUAUGUAGAGCAGACAUACCAAAACGAGAGUAUGAAUGAACAUGUUUGCGGAAAAUGUACUCAGUUUCUGUUGCGCGUGGUAUUGCGGUACCACUAGCAGCAUUUUUGCCAUAGACUUUUUUGCUAGCUGUCUAGUCAGUGUUUUUAUAAAUAUGCAAUGAGCAAUAAAAUACUAGUUUAUAUCAGGAAUUGGAAAUCUGUUCCAAUUCUGAGAAAUAAGCAUCUUCUUAUCCAGGUAGGCCACUUGAUUUCAACAAUCUAAACAAAGUAAACAGGCUAUGUUGUUCGAACAGUUGGAGACCGACAGGAGGAUGUAAGCCUAUUCAUAACAGUUCAACUGUUCUACCUUGUUAGCAAGCGAAUAUAUCAAAGUUGGCUUGGCUGGCCCAUCACUAGCACGUUAGCUUGUGCUUUAGAGAUUGUUUGAGACCUGUGUUCAUUUUCUAUGCCUGCUACAAGACGUUGGUCAUCAUUAGUGGAUGUGCAUGGUUCUGGUUAAAUUUGUAAUAAAAAUUGUCCUUUUCAUAGACUUAAAAGUAAGAUCAGUGAUUAUUGAAAAAAAAGCAGGUUAAGCUAUUUUGGUAAAAUCAUUAAAUGAUUAGUGGGUCUUAUGGUUGAAGGGUUAUAUUUAGCCUAGUUAUAAUUUUACAAGCCCUGAAUUCAUUACAUUAUUUCUGACUGUUUGAAAUGCAGUGUAUUGACCUUUUUAAUUGUGCAACAAAGCUUAUUUGGAGCUAACGUUAAAAAUCUAGAUCCAGAAAGUAUUCAUAACCCUUGUCUUAUUCCACAUUUUGUUGAUACAGCCUGAAUUCAAAAUGGAUACAAUUAUUUUGCUCACCCAUCUAAACACAAUACCACAUAAGGACAAAUUGAAUUUUUUUUUUUUUUCAAAUGUUUGCUAAUUUAUUUGAAAUGUAGUAAAGAAAUCUAAUUUACAUAAGUUUUCACACCCCUGAAUUAAUACAUGUUAGAAUCACCUUUGGCAGCGACUACAGCUGUGGCUCUUUCUGGCUAAUUGUCUUAAGAGCUUUCCACACCUGGAUUGUACAAUAUUUGCCCAUUUUAUUAUUUUCUAAGUUCUUCAAGCUCUGUCACUCAGGAAGAUUUUCUGUCUUCUUGGUAAGCAACUCCAGUCUAGAUUUGGCCUUGUGUUUUAGGUUAUUGUCCUGCUGAAAGGGGAAUUCAUCUCCCAGUGUCUGGUUGAAGGCAGACUGAACCAGGUUAACCUCUAGGAUUUUGCUUGUACUUAGCUCCAUUCUGUUUCUUUUUUAUCCUGAAACUCUCCUGUCGUUAACGAAUGCAAGCAUACCCAUGUCAUAAUGUAGCCACCACUAUGCUUGAAAAUGUGGAGAGAGGUACUGGCCCCAAACAUAACACUUUGUACUCAGGACAAAAAGGUAAUUGUUUUACCACAUGUUGGCAGUAUUACUUUAGUGCCUUGUUGCAAACAGGAUGUAUGUUUUGGAAUAUAUAUAUUCUGUAUAGGCCUCCUUCUUUUUACUCUGUCAAUUAGGUUAAUAUUGUAGAGUAACUACAAUGUUGUUGAUCCAUCUUCAGUUUUCUCCUAUCACAGCCAUUAAACUCUAACUGUUUUAAAGGCCACGAUUGGCCUCAUGGUGAAAUCAAUGUGCGGUUUCCUUCCUCUCCGGCAAAUAAGUUAGGAAUGAUGCCUGUGUCUUUGUAGUAACUGUAGUACACCAUCCAAAGUGUAAUGAAUCACGUCACCAUGCUCAAAGGGAUCUAUUCUAAUCAAUUUUAAAUUCAUGCUGUAACACAACAAAAUGUGGAACAUUUCAGGGGUGUGAAUACUUCCAGAAGGCACUGUAUAUAUUGUGAAUUACUCAUAAAUUUGAACAAAUUUAGAUAUGAUUUUCAGGCCAUAUCGCCCAGCCCUACUGGAGUCAUUGACAAUCUCUGACAUCGCCUGGUAUAGAGGUCCUGAAUGGCAGGGAGCUCGGCCCCAGUGAUUUAUUGGGCCGUACUCACCACCCUCUGUAGCGCCUUGCGGUCGUGUGCCUUGCAGUUGCCGUGGUGAUUCAGCAAGUCAAGAUGCUCUCAAUGAUGCAGCUGUAGAAGUGUUGAUGAUCUGAGGGUCCAUACCAAAUCUUUCCAGCCUUCUGAGGGGGAAGAGGCGCUGUUGUGCCCUCUUCACAAUUUUGUAGGUGUGUUUGGACAUUAGUGAUGUGGACGCUUGAAGCUCUCGACCCGCUCCACUACAGCCCCAUCGAUGUGGAUGGAUGUGUGCUCGCCCCUCCGUUUCCUAUAGUCCACGAUCAGCUCCUUUGUCUAGCUGACAUUGAGGGAAAGGUUGUUGUCCUGGCACAACUCUGCUAGGUCUCUGACCACUUUAAAGAAAAUGUAUAUGCUGCCUCGUCGUCGGUGAUCAGUCCUACCACCGUCGCAUCGUCAGCAAACUUGAUGAUGGCGUUGGAGUCCUGUGUUGUCAUGCUGUCGUGGGUGAACAGGGAGUACAGGAAGGGACUAAGCAAGUGAUGAACUUGGAGGGGACUAUGGUGUUGAAUGCUGAGCUGUAGUCAAUGAGCAGUGUUCUUGCAUAGGUAUUCCUUUUUUCCAGGUGGGUGAAAGCAUGUGGAGUGAGUGAGUCAUCUGUGGCUCUGUUGGGGUGGUAUGGGAAUUGGAGUGGGUUCAGGGUGUCUAGGAUGAUGGUGUUGUGAGCCAUGACAAGCCUUUCAAAGAAUUUCAUGGCAAAAAAUGUGAUUGCUAUGAGGUGAUAGUCAUUAGGCAGGUUACCUUGGCGUUUUUGGUCACGGGGACUAUGGUGGUCUGCUUUGAACAAAUUGGUAUUACAGACCGGGUCAAGGAUAGGUUGUCAGUGAAGAAACUUGCAAGCUUGUCAGCGCAUGCUUCAAGUACCCAUCCUGGUAUUCCGUUUGGCCCGCGGCCUUGCGAAUGUUAAGAAAUGUUUUUUUCUCUUUCAAUGUCUGUUGAUCUGGGCCAUAUAGCUGAAACCUAUUACAUGUUUUUUUUUUAUAGUGGACACUCCAGAGUCUAAUUAUUUGAAAUGCCUAAUUUUGUCAUUUUUAUUAUAGUCUAAGCUUUGCUUCAUAAGCUUUGCUCAGCUUUUACUUGUCCAUAUAUUUUUCUAUCUUGAUAUUUUUUGCUCAAUUUCACAUCUUGUUGCAUGUGAUAUUUGUCAUUCAGAAUAAAGCUGUGAUAGAGAAUCGCCUAUAGACUCUGACUUUCACCCCCAUUUGAAAGCUGCAACUUGAAGACACUAAACACUAUUAGAAUAGACUAUUUGGGAAAUGCUCUUAACUUUACCUUGUCUUUAUGCUUUUGAUAAGCUAUUUUAUUUAGUAUGGCUUUUGGCCAUUUGGUUUGCAACGACAAGAGGGAUGCAUGCAUCAUUUCUUGUAUGGUAGACUGUGAUUUGCUCAACUGUAAGGUUUGUUCAAACUACUCGUUAGAUUUUUCUAUCUUUCUGGGGUUUGUUCUACUUCUCUCAUUAUUAAGGGAAAGGGGGAUACCUAGUCAGUUGUACAACUGAAUGCCUUCAACUGGAAUGUGUCUUCCGCAUUUAACCCAACCACUCUGAAUCAGAGAAGUGUGGGUGGCUUCCUUAAUCGACAUCCACGUCUUCAGUGCCCGGGGAACAGUGGGCUUAACUGCCUUGCUCAGGGGCAGAACAACAGAUUUUUACCUUGUCAUCUCAGGGAUUCGUUCCAGAAAACUUUCGGUUACUGGCCCAACGCUCUAACCACCAGGCUAUCAUGUUUUUAGGUUAUUCAAAAGCGACUUAACUUUCUGAGAGCGCAUAGCUCGCCGUUAGAUAAAUGUAUUGUUUGAUCAUGAGGUAUCACGGCCGGAGAAAGUCAGCAUGCAUAACAACUGAAGUCAUAUUCGUAUCCAAUGGAGAUAAAAUACAAAAUUUGACUUUUAAAAUAAGUAGACACUUGAGCGUCCACAAAACAAACAAAAAAAAGGUUCCAACUAUAUGGCCCAGAACAUCUGACAUUGAGAGAAAAACAGAACACAUUUUCUGACUGGAAAUUUUGCGCUGCUUUGGUGAAAAUCUUAGCUCGGUGUACAUUGUUCUGUUGCAUUCUGCUCUUUACUGCAUGGUGCCAGUCAAGUUGAAAUAGGCUAUUCAUCGUCUGUCACAUCACAAUGUCGUCACCAUCGACGAUGGCUGUCAAUAAUCUUUGAUAUCUGAAACUACUAUAAUAUUGUUCAACCCUAAGUCAGUGGUAACCUCAUUACAUUUGCUGUACACUCAACCAGGCUGUUAGUGUUAGGAGAGAGACAGCAAAUGACUGCCUACUAGGACUGUUCUGCCUCUAUUGUACUAGAUGACUGUUCUGAAUGACUGUUCUGCCUUGAUUGUACUAGGCUAAUUGACAACAUGCCUUCCACCGUUUUCCCUCUUGUCCUCGUAAUGCUCAUAGUGGCCUGAUGUUUACCACCGUCAAAUGCAAGGCAUAUGGAGUCAUUAUUGCUGAUGUUUUUUUCUUAGUUGGACCCCAUUCAAAACACAAGGUUUCAUCGCGUUAUCGUCUUUUUGGUUGCAAAUCCUGCAAGUACCCACAGCUCUUGUCCUUAGCCAAUAAUAGACACAUUGGAUUGUUCUUGUGCCGGCAGAUUCCUCAAUUUCACUGAUAUGCAUCACUUUAUUAGGACCAGGAUUUUUCCCACAACAUUCACAGCCCUAACUCUGUUGGACAUAAUGAUGAUAACCUCUCACAGUGAAUUGCGGUGUUGUUAGGUUGGGCUAUUUUGAAGUUUCUUCUAGUUUACCAUGACUGAUACAAGUGGCAGUCAUUGUUUUGUAAAGGACAUGUCACUCCUCUUCCAUGUAGACCAGAGCUGCCCAACCCUCUUCCUGGAGAUCUACUGUCCUGUGGGUUUUCAGUUCAACCCUAAUUUAACACACCUGAUUCUACUAAUUAGCAGAUCAACAAGAUCUUAACAAGCUGAAUCAAGUGUGUUAAAUUAGGGUAGGACUGAACCUCAAGAACAGUAGAUCUCCAGGAAGAUGUUUGAGCAGUCAUGAUGUAGGCUAAUGGCGCUGUGAAAACCAAUUUAAGGCAUAAGAAGAAAAGGUCACCUGAAGAAGACGUCUGUGAUGCAAGUGUUUCUCCAUGUAGACUAUAAAUUACUGUCGUAGAGCAGCCAGCAACACUGUCAUAGGCCAGGACUCCUCUUUGUUCUAAUGAGCAGAGCCAGGCCAUUCGGUCUUUGUCCGGUCCAACAGAUUAAUGACCGCUAGACAGCCAGGCAGGACAGGGCAGGCAGCUUGUAAUGUUUGUUUUAAUGGCCUGCUCUAACCUCACUGUUGCUCAUCUACAGUCCACUGUUAGUGUCUUGUCUUCAUGUGGGGAUCUCUCCUCUCGCUCUCUUUCUCUUCCUCUGAGCCACUAUGUAGAUUUGUGAGUGUUGCAUGAUGUGUGUGACUCUUAAUACUACAUUAAGAGGUGGUUAAUGGAAGAUGUUGUAGACUGAAAGUGGUAUGUAAACUCAGCAAGAAAAGAAACAUCCUCACUGUCAACUCUGUUUAUUUUCAGCAAACUUAACAUGUGUAAUAUUUGUAUGAGCAUAAGAUUCAACACUGAGACAUAAACUGAACAAGUUCCACAGACAUGUGACAAACAGAAAUGGAAUAAUGUGUCCCUGAACAAAAGGUGGGUCAAAAUCAAUAGUAACAGUCAGUAUUUGGUGUGGCCACCAGCUGUAUUAAGUACCUGCAGUGCUUCUCCUCCUUAUAGACUGCACCAGAUUUGCUAGUUCCCGCUGUGAAAUGUUACCCCACUCUUCCACCAAGGCACCUGCAAGUUCCAGGACAUUUCUGGGGGGAAUGGCACUCGCCCUCCGAUCCAACAGGCCCCAGACGUGCUCAAUGCAAUUGAGAUCCGGGCUCUUCGCUGGCCAUGGCAGAACACUGACUUUCCUGUCUUGCAGGAAAUCAUGCACAUAAUGGGCAGUAUGGCUGGUGGCAUUGUCAUGCUGGAGGGUCAUGUAAUUACACUUAAUCAUGGAAUUACUGAAAAAUCUUAAUGUGUUCGUUUUCUUCCAGACCCCCCCAAAAAUGUAAGCGUUGACAUGAAAUCAGAAAAUCCAAUUUCAUUGUUUCACUAUGAACAAUUGUAAUUUUAAGAGUGAAAAACAAAAUCUUAAAGCAUAUAUAUUUUCCCAAAAUAUGUUCAGUAAAAAUGUAAUAUAAUUUUUGGCGAUAUGGCCAAAAUAUAUGGUGUUUUUCAAAUUUGACAGUAUUUUAUGUUUUUGAUUAAUUAAAGUUCUACAUUUGCUCUGAGGCACGUAUUGUGACAGUGUGCAUUUCCAUCAAUUUCUGCAUUUCCUACACUCAUUUGAGAUCAUUUCCACACUGUCACAAUAUAUAUAUAUGUAUUCUAAAUUAUUUCAAUGGAACUUUCUCCAUUCAGCUUGUUUUAUACUGUUAAAUUCAACUUCAACCUCAAAUCAUUUCAUGCAUUUCCAUCAAUUUCUGCAUUUCCUGCACUCAUUUGAGAUAAUUUCCACACUGUCACAAUAUGGGCAAAAAUACUAGGCCUUAUUUUUAACCAAAUGUUGCAAUUGCGUUUUAGAUUAAAAAAACACUUGGGUGAACUUUUGGAAUCAUGAAAAUAUAAUGUUUAUUAUAAUUCUAUAGUUAGAAUAUAAAUAAUAGUUGGCACUUUGAAUAUAGUGUUUGACAUGAGAAGGAAUGAAAAUACCAUGGAUGAGUUAUUGUGAGAGGGUAGGAACCUUAGUGAUGUUCAGUGUUUCCUAUGGGACCCUAUAGUCUUUGGCUACAUUAAAUCUUUAUUCAUGCUUUGCCUAUUCCUCUUUGAUUUAGAAGAUACUCUUGCACAAACAACAUGCUUGAUUUAGGCCUCCACCAGUACUGGUGUCAGGCUGUAUUAGCUAGCUACGUUUGCUCUGGCUCAGUAAUUUUAUUAGCUAGCCAGCUAACUAGCGAUUAGCAUUAAUGGCUAACACGAUUUAGCUUAACUUGCUAAGAAAAUACAAUCUAGCUGUUUGCAGAUGUAAGAAACACAAACUAAUAUUGUAAUUAUAGAACGCUUGUCGCAUUAUAUUAAGAUCAAAGUGGAAACAACAUUGUUGUCAUCAACAUUCUUGCAUGUGCUGCAUUGACCAUGCAGACUGAACGAAAGUGUCUUGUGGUCAAGCAACAACAUGCGCUCCUUGAGUGAUGAGGUGGGACUAGGUCUGUGUGGAAAGCUGCUUGGAAAGAGAGGGAACGGAGAGGAUGACUCAAGUAGCGUAAACUAUAAAAAUGGACGUUACAUACGGCGUAUUACAUUUAACAAACCAAACAUUUAAAAUACCGUUAUAGAAGGUAAAGUAGAAACCCAUUCUUUUACUAGGUAUAUUGACAGAACAGUGCGCUACUUUCUCUUGUACAUUAAGGACAUGGGAAGAGAUGUAGAGGAGAAGAAAACAAUGUGCCUAUUUGAAAGCUAGAUACAAAUAGGUAGCGUGCGACGUUUCAUAAAAAAAAAAAAGUAGCUUCCAUGCUAGAGAAGGUUGGAGACCCCUGGUCUAGUGUGUGCGCGUAGUUCCAGUGCAAUAUGGUCAGUGCAGAUAGUUUGGGUUCCGUUAAUUGACUAUCAGUUUAUGGCUUGGGGGUAGAAGCUGUCUCGGAGCCAGUUGGUCCGAGAGCCGACGCUUCUGUACUGUUUCCCGGGCAAUAGCAGAGUGAACAGUCUUGCUUGGGUGGCUGGAGUCUUUAGAAAUUUUUGGACAUUGCCUGGUAUAGAGGUCCUGGAUGCCAGGGAACUCAGCCCCAGUGAUCUACUGGGCUGUCCUCACCCCUCUGUAAUGCUUUGUGGUCUAGGGCAGUGAAUUUGCCAUAAGAAGUGGUGAUGCAGCCAGUCAUGAUGCUCUCGAUGGUGCAGCUGUAGAACUUUUUGAGGACCCGAGGGCCAAAUCUUUUCAUCCUCCUGAGGAGGAAGAGGCGCUGCCGUGCCUUCUUCGUGACUGUGUGGGGGUGUGUGGACCAUGUUAAGUCCUUACAAAUGUGGACACUAAGAAACUUGAAGCUCUCUACCUUCUCCACAACACCCCAGUUGAUGUAGAUGGGUGCGUGCUCUAACCUCUUUCUCCUAUAGUCCACGAUCAGCUCCUUGGUCUUAAUGACGUUGAGGGAGAGGUUGUUGUCCUGGCACCACACUGCUAAGUCUCUGACCUCCCUGUAGGCUUAUUCAUCGUCAUCAGCACACAGCACACAGUCCUGGGUGAACAGGGAGUAUAGCAGGUGACUAAGCACACACCCCUGAGGGGCCCCCGUGUUAAGGGUCAGCAUGGUAGAGGUGUUAUUACCUACUCUUACCACCUGUGUCCGACCUGCCAGGAAGUCCAGGAUCCAGUGUCAGAUAAAGGGGUUCAGUCCCAGGGUCCCAAGCUUGGUGACAAAUUUGGAGGGGACUAUGGUGGUGAAUAGGGAGAUGCUUAUCUGUGUUGUCUCUGUUGUGAAUGUGAUGUGGCAGUAGGGCAGGGAGCCAUAGGAGUGAGUCUCUUUGAGGCUGUCAUUGUGUGGAGAUCAUCUAGAUUAGCUCCCAAAUUAACACCAGGGACAGAGAAAGUGGCUCGGGUCAGCCCAGUUUGGACCAGUUUAGUCCAGUACUGAGAACUUGGAAUAGACUGGAGUGAAGUGGGGAGCAUGUCAUCAGAUGGUCACUAACUGAAAUAUGCUUCUAUUAGCCUACUAGUUGGUGGGUGUCGCCUACCAUAAAGCUUUGCGGCUUCACCUACCACCUAGCUCUGAAUCACUUCCACUCUGUCAUUCAACAGAUAAGAAUAGAUGAUCUGACCCAGCAGUAAUUGUCUGACUGAGGCCACAGCCUCAUCUGUUUCCCUUUUUAGAACGCUAAUCCAGCAAAUGAAAAUGUAUUUGUCAUAUGCUUUGUAAACAAGUGUAGACUAACAGUGAUGGAAGAAAAAAAUAAUAACACAAGGAAUGAAUACGGAGUAAGGAAAACAUGUAUACAAGAGGUAGCAGUAACGAGUUGCUGUACGAGGUAAUUGAGGUAGAUAUGUACAUAUACAGUUGAAGUCGGAAGUUUACAUGCACUUAGGUUGGAGUCAUUAAUACUCGUUUUUUCAACCACUCCACAAAUUUCUUGUUAACAAACUAUAGUUUUGGCAAGUCGCUAAGGACAUAUACUUUGUGCAUGACACAAGUAAUUUUUCCACCAAUUGUUUAGAGAGAUUAUUUCACUUAUAAUUCACUGUAUCCCAAUUCCAGUGGGUCAGAAGUUUAAAUACACUACGUUGACUGUGCCUUUAAACAGCUUGGAAAAUUCCAGAAGAUGUCAUGGCUUUAGAAGCUUCUGAUAGGCUAAUUGACAUCAUUUGAGUCAAUUGGAGGUGUACCUGUGGAUGUAUUUCAAGGCCUACCUUCAAACUCAGUGCCUCUUUGCUUCACAUCAUGGGAAAAUCUAAAGAAAUCAGCCAAGACCUCCACAAGUCUGGUUCAUCCUUGGGAGAUCAGAGGUUUACAGUUUACAUUACUUAAGCCAUUUUGCCACAACUUUGGAAGUAUGCUUUGGGUCAUUGUCCCUUUGGAAGAUCCAUUUGCGACCAAGCUUUAACUUCCUGACUGAUGUCUUGAGAUGUUGCUUCAAUAUAUCCACAAUUUUCUUUCAUCAUGAUGCCAUCUAUUUUGUGAAGUGCACCAGUCCCUCCUGCAGCAAAGCACCCCCACAACAUGAUGCUGCCACCCCCGUGCUUCACGGUUGGGAUGGUGUUCUUCGGCUUGCAAGACUCCCGCUUUUUCCUCCAAACAUAACGAUGGUCAUUAUGGCCAAACAGUUCUAUUUUUGUUUCAUCAGACCAGAGGACAUUUCUCCAAAAAGUACAAUCUUUGUCCCUAUGUGCAGGUUCAAACCGUAGUCUGGCUUUUUUUAUGGCGGUUUUGGAGUAGUGGCUUCUUCCUUGCUGAGCAGCCUUUCAGGUUAUGUCGAUAUAGGACUUGUUUUACUGUGGAUAUAGAUACUUUUGUACCCGUUUCCUCCAACAUCUUCACAAGGUCCUUUGUUCUGGGAUUGAUUUGCACUUUUCGCACCCAAGUAUGUUCAUCUCUAGGAGGCACAACAUGUCUCCUUCUUGAGUGGUAUGACGGCUGCGUGUUCCCAUGUUGUUUAUACUUGCGUACUAUUGUUUGUACAGAUGAACGUGGUACCUUCAGGCGUUUGGAAAUUGCUCCCAAGGAUGAACCAGAACUGUUGAGGUCAACAAACAUUUUUUCUGAGGUCUUGGCUGAUUUCUUUUGAUUUUCCCAUGAUGUCAAGCAAAGAGGCACUGAGUUUGAAGGUAGGACUUGAAAUUCAUCCACAGGUAACCCUCCAAUUGCCUCAAAUGUUGUAAAUUAGCCUAUCAGAUGCUUCUAAAGUCAUGACAUCAUUUUCUGGAAUGUUCCAAGCUGUUUAAAGGCACAGUCAAUUUAGUGUACGUAAACUUCUGACACACUGGAAUUGUGAUACAGUGAGUUACAAGUGAAAAUCUGAUUCUAAACAAUUGUUGGAAAAAUUACUUGUGUCAUGCACAAAUUCGAUGUCCUAAAUGACUUGCAAAACUAUAGUUUGUUAACAAGAAAUUUGUUGAGUGGUUGAAACACUUAGGUUGGAGUCAUUAAAACUAGUUUAUGUUAACUUCCGACUUCAACUGCACGUACGGUCACUGUAGGUCGAGGCACCGAUAACUGACUGAUUUGGUGAACUCCUCAAUGUUAUCUGAUGAAUCCCUGUACAUAUUCCAGUCUCUGCUUGCGAAACAGUCCUAAAGCUUAACAUCCGCUUCAUCGGACCACUUCCAUUUUGAUCGCGUCACUGGUACUUCCGGUUUGAUUUUUUUUGUUUGUAAGCAGUAAUCAGGAGGAUAGAUUUAUGGUCGGAUUUGCCAAAUGGAGGGCGAGGGAGAGCUUUGUAUGCAUUUCUGUGUGUGGAUUAAAAGUGAUCUAGAGUAUUUUUCGACUCUUUGCACAGGUGACAUGCUGAUAAAAUUGAGGUAAGACAGGUUUCAGUUUCCCUGUGUUAUGGAUACAGGUAUCCUGGGGAUAUUUGUAUUUCUCCUCUGUCCUAGUAACAUGUGGCAGUCAUCAGUCGCAUCAAUCUGAAGACACCUCCUCCUGUUUCCCUUACCCAAUCACAUCCCCUUUCCCUUGGUUUAAAAACCCAGUCAGUUGUUUUCCCAGAGUCUCUCGCUCUUUUAAUUUGCUGAAGACCACAUUCUUUCAUACCCCACAGUUUAGUUUGUUUGUGUGGAUACAUCUCACAUUGUCUGUUAUCAUGUGAGUAUGUACUGCUGUGGUGUAUUAUUGUUGGUUUGUUGGUGGGAAAAGGGGAUAACCAGCCAAGUCGCCCUUGGGCAUACAUUACCCGAAGGAAAACUUUGUCUAAAUACCCUAGUUAGAACUGGGCGGACCCACCCACUGUAUUUUAUUGGUUAGUUAGCUAGCUGUUCUGUACCCAGUAAGACUAGCUUAGGGGUUUUUGGAUAUUUAUUAUUUCUUUUUCCCACACCCCAUUACCGUGUGUUUGACAAUAAACCUAAAGUGUUUGACGGUAGGUUUAGAUUGUCUGUAGUUUUCUUUCCGUUCUCACUGUUGUGAUUUGCAUGAGAUAUGUUACGGGUCUCGUUCCC